GAUGGGGAAGGAGGGUUGUUUUCCGAUUUCGGGGUGGGGGUUGGGGCAGUGAGAAGGGGAUAAGGGAGGGGGGUGGGCUGCGUAGGUGGAGGAAAUGGAGGGGGAUUGGAGUCAUCGGCGCCGGGCGACGCUUUGGGCGCCGACAGGGGGAAAGUGGAUGAUGGGAGGGGGCUGGCAAUUGAAGGUGGUGGCUGGGUUUUUCUUUUAAACAUUUUAAUUUUUUUUUAUUUAUUUUUGAAUAAACUUAACGGAAGCAAUUUUUAACAAAAUUGUUUUUGUAUGAUUGUAAAAUAAAAUUAAAAUUUUUUCCGAUAGUAAAAGUGAAAUACCUGUGUUUUGCUGGUAGCGAAAGUGAACUUUUCCUUUAUAUAAUCAACAAUCAUCCAAAUUGCUAAGAGUAAGACCUUCCAUUGCAAGUAAACAACUGACCCCACCAACAAUAACAAACACGCUUUCAAAAACACUUCCUCCCUCCACUAACACAAUUCCCAACGGUCAUUUCCUUUUCCCCAAAUUCAAUCACAUAAACCCUAAUAAAAUAACACCUUCUUCCCCACCAAUCUUCGUUACCGUUUCCCCUUUUUUCUGUUCAUUUAACGCUCCUCCAUUUUCUCUCUCCUCCCCAAUUCUUGUCUGAAACUUCCAAAACAUGAUAAUUCUCAAUUAACACAAACAAAUUUGCUCUGAAAACUCAAUUUUCGUCGUUUUUCUUCCCUUUUUUUUUCAAUCAUCUUUUUUCACUGUGUUUUCUUACAAUGGGUUGUUUUCUUGGGUGUUUUGGUUCUUCCAAGGAUGAACCAAAGCGUCGGAAAAAUACCCAUUUCGUUUCUCAUCAAAACCCACCAACUCAGGAUGUUCGAAAUCAGUAUAAUCCUGUUUAUCCUACUCCCACUUCAUUUCCAAAUCGAGAACUUGUUGGCAAACCAAUUGAUCUUCAAGUUCCCAAAUCUUGUAUUAAGAAUAAGAUAGAGGAGAAGGAACAACUGAGCUUAACUAAUAAGAAUAGGCUGGAGGAUCAAUUGAGCUUGGGGACACAUAAGAAAGUUAUCUUUGAUUCAGAUGUUAAGCCAGAGGAGCAGUUGAGCUCGGGGUCACAAAAGAAAGUCACCUUCGAUUCAGAUGUUAAGCCAGACGAGCAGUUGAGUUCGGAUUCACGAAAGAAAGUCACCUUUGAUUCAGAUGUUAAGCCAGAGGAACAGUUGAGUUCAGAGUCACAAAAGAAAGUCAGCUUUGAUUCAUAUGUUGAGCCGGAGGAACAUUUGACUUUGGGGACAGUAAACAAAGUCGGCUUGGACUUAAAUGUUAAGUCAGAGGAACAAUUGAGUUCUGGUGUACGAAAGAAAGUCACGUUCGAUUCAAAUGUAAGGCCAGAGGAACAAUUGAGUUCGGGCACACGGAAGAAAGUCACAUUUGAUUCAAAUGUUAAAGAAUAUGAGCAUAUAUCCUAUGGUGAGCCACCAGAGGUUGUGGAGGAAAGUGAGCUAGGAGGUGAGAAAGUGGUUGAUGAGUGUAGUACGAAACCAACCAAUUCAUCUUCUAUAUCUGAAGGUAAUUCGACUUUGUCCAGUUUGGGGUCAUUCCCUCCAAAUAACAGGUAUCAAAAUUGUAGAGAGAGUGAUGAUGAGGACGAAGAACUUGACUGUCAAGUAAGUGAUUUGGAAGACGAUGGAGAUGAUGAUGAUGAAGAAGAGGUCUAUGAUGAUGAAUACAGUGAUGAUGAGUAUCAUCUGAGACAAGUCCAUGACUUUUCUUGUUCAUCUGUGGAAUCAAGGACUAAAAGUUCUGGAACAUGCUUUGUCAAUGAUGGGCUCAAUGAUCAUAUGGAUCUUGAUUCUUUGGAGAGAGACGCUGAAACUCCUGUAGUGUUCAACCGUGGUGCUCGAGACAGGGCUGGCUAUGUUCAUUCAGUGUUAAAUCCUGUUGAGAACACAGCUCAAUGGAAAUAUGUAAAAGUAAAAGGACCACCGCUCAUGAAAGAGCAGAAGGAGAAUUGUCUAGUGGAUCUAAGUUUUCAACACUCUUCAUCAAAGUCUAAAGCAAUAUCAGAUGAACCUAAACAUGAAGUAGCAGUUGAUGCCAGCCUUUCUACAUGGAUAGUUUCCUCUCAGAAAACACCACCUGGCAAGGCUGCACCCAUAAACAUGGAACCAAUAUUAUCUGGGGCAAGUGCAUUUUCAUCACAUGGUUCUAAUUCUGUGAGAAGUCAGGGGGAAAGACCGAUUUUGGGCGCACUAACAUUUGAAGAGCUUAAGCAAUUCUCUGCCAUUUCUUCCCCAAGAAAAUCACCUAGUCGAAGCCCAGAUGAGAGGCCAUUACUUGGCACAGUUGGGGUGCACUGGAAUGACAGAACUCCUGUUGAGGACUCUGGUUCAGUCUCUUCGUUUAAAGGGAUACCAAAUACUACAAGAAAAUAUAGAGAGGAUAACAGGGUGAAUUGGCAUUCUACUCCUUUCGAAACUAGGCUGGAGAGAGCUUUGAACAAAGGUGCUGCUGAGAAUCAUGCUAGCCGUCGUGUGUGUUUAUAGAGCGUAUAUGGUUUCCUUAUUAUUGGGACGGGAAAGUAUAUGUGAAAUACUGAUAUCCUUGAAAAUGUGUUGAUUUUCUUCAUUUGUUCCUCUUGCUUUGUGAUAUAUAUUAAUAUAUAUAUGCUGCAAAUACGUCAUACUGUGAAUUUUGCUGAGGUUGUCAUUUACCACUGUCUCUGUGUGUGUGUGGAGUGGUAAAUACGCCUAUUAGUUAGUUGUAAUUCUUCAUUGGUUUGUUAAUAUAGACAAUAAUGUAGAGUGCAAAUUGUCUGGUUUGAUAAUUUUUUUUCUUCAAUUUUUUUGUUUGCUGUUGCAGUACAAUCCUCUGUAACUGUCUGUACUCUAUAGUGAAUGUUUCUAUUUGUACUCGAA